CAUGUUUGACAACAAGCUCUACCUGGAUUUCUGGAAGAUCUUUUGCCCCUAAAAUCGUCCAACGAUGACUAAAUUACAAUAUCUGAAUGUGUAUCUGACUGAGCGUCUCAUGCAAGCUGCUGGGGAAAUACUAAGAGUUGUCGCAGACACAAUCUCCGAGUACCAGGAAGAAAUAGCCCGGACAAAGAGAGAGAACAAAUACCUGAAACGACAACUGAACACACCAGUUCUAUCGCUGGCCCCUCAGCCCAUACUGUCUUGUGUCUCGGAGCAGCAAAGUCCACCUGAGCAGCAGUACUGUGAGCAGGAGUCGAGCCCCAGUAUUGGCCAGGAGGACCUUGAGACCACACAGAUUAAAGAGGAACAUGGUGAACUCGGGACCAGUCAAGAGGAAGAGCAGCUUCAAGUACCGGAGUCUGAUACCAAAGAAGACUCCAUAUUUACUCUUCCCUGUGUGAAAAAUUAUAAGGACCGACCUCAGCCUUCACAUCUUUCCAGAACCAAAACUGUGGAGAACAGUGUGAGGGAGUCUCUACUGACCAACACAACUGGACAGAUCAAAACAGAACCUGAUGGCUAUGGAGUAUCACUAUCAGAACCAACCAGUGACUCCCCUCAGUCUCAGCCCGUCUCUGAAGUAAGUCCAGACUCUUCUAGAACACAAAGUCAGAACACUGAGAACACGGAAAGUGUUCCUAUUGUUCUGAGAGAUCUAGAAAGGAGACCAGAGGAGGAUACACAGACACACUCAUGUACUCAGUGUGGAGCCGUGUUCUGUGAGCUAUCCCAACUGGAGGCACACAUGCCAUCCCACACAGUACCACACAGUGGUGAAACAAGUCACAGGCAAAUCAUGUGCACAGUCUGUUGGAAGUCAUUCACCUCUACCAGUUACCUCAAGGUCCACCAGCGUUCUCACACUAAGGAAAAGCCCUUUCAUUGUGGUGUGUGUGGCAAGAGCUUCAGCUACUCAGGGAAGUUCAGGGAACACCAGCGGAUUCACACAGGAGAGAGACCUUACCGCUGCUACGUGUGUGGUAAACGCUUCAACCAGUCAGCCCACCUGAAGGCCCACCUGAGGGUACACACGGGGGAGAAACCCUACUCCUGUCCUGUCUGUGGGAAAGGAUUCAGUCAGUCUGGACAGAUCAAGGGACACCUCAGAACUCACAUCCAAGGGAGGUAGAAUAAUGAUAACUUGUAGUGGAAAGAGUCCAUGAGUGGAUAAACAGUAACCUUGCAAGCCGCCUGAUCUCACAAGCUUACAUUCAAUGGUUCGCUACCACAGAAUCAGUCUGGUAAUUACGAGGCUAGAUAGACAGAGCCUUCUGUUCUCAAAGUGCCCAGCAUUUGGGAAGAGAAAGAGAUAGACAUUUUUAUUUUCAGUGCUACAAAUUUCACAUUUAAUUGUAAGACUAGAGGAUUAUAGAAUGUGUGAUGUGUUUCGGACCCAUAACUGAGGCACCGUAUAUCUGAAUUUAUUUAAGAGAGCUGCUUUAUAACAUGCUAUGAAAAGACUGGGCUCAUCCCCUGUAUUGCUAGGUGACACUAUGUUAACACCAAAAUUAACAUUAUAUUUCUCUUUAUCUCCCUUGAUUUCCUCUUGAUGAUUCCAGUUGGAGAUGAUUGGUCUUCUUGCAAAUAAACUAACUCAGUCAUAUUGAUUA